AUGUUGGGAGCUGCUAAGGCCACUUACUAUCAAGGUUGGAUCCAAAAGAUGAAUGAACUGAAGAAAGUAGAUGUCAAGGCUUGGACUUGGUUAAUAGCAAUUCCUACCAAAUGUUGGUUUGCCAGGGGCAAGCCUAUUCUAACCAUGUGUGAGUGGAUUAGAAAGUACCUUAUGAAUAGGCAUGUUGUUGCUGUAUUGAGUUAUAGGAAACAAAACCAUGAUGAUUUUGUUGAUGAAUGUUAUACAAGAGAGAAGUAUGCAAUUUUUUAUGGAUUUUCUGUUACUCUUAUCAAUGGGCAAGAGAUGUGGUCAGAGGUCCAAACCAAUGAAUUACUACCUCCUGUAUAUAAAAAUGGACCUGGAAGAUCAAGGAAGGUUAGGAUAAAGGAAUGUGGUAAGGAUGGUUCUAGAAGGAGAAGACCUGGUGUAGCUUAUAAGUGCUCAAAAUGUGACAAGUUUGGGCACAAUGCUUUAUCAUGCAAGAGCCUUACAUGA